GUUUUCGUGUGUGGGCGACAACGGCAAUCGACUGGCUUUUUCGCUGGAUCUGAACAUCGUCCACUUCUCAAAAAGGCUCGAGUCUACGACGGCCUUUUGCCUGACGACCGCUUGCCUGUGGUGCAGAAUGAGGCUAAAAUGAGGAUACCUACAGCGCUGGCCCGAGAGUUUAUAGACAUACUGCAUUUGCUUUUGCGCCUGGCUCCUUACGUUGCAGCAUCCGUGCUUUACCGGAAGUUCGUGCUGGGUAUCAAAAUGAAGUUAUCCGGAGCUUGCAUACUCUUCGGCAAGAUCAUGGCGAGUUGUGGCGUUUUCUAUAUGAUCAUUUCAGUAGUCCAACUUCUCGUUCCGAAAGUUCGGACGACUUCCGGCUCACUAUUGGAACAACCGACGGUGGAGGAAGUAGACAGAUGGCUGAGUUUUACGGCUGUUGCCUUUACAGAACUGCGGCGGCAAGCUGCGCACAUGCUGUAG